AUGAAAGAAUACCUCGAUUUAGAUCACAUGGAAGUAGUCGAUGAAAAGGACGAACAUUACAUCCCACACUCCUGUGUGGUAAAGCCAGAGUCAACCACCACUAAAUUAAGAGUGGUCUUCGACGCGAGUGCCAAGACCACUUCUGGAAAAUCUCUGAACGAUGUGCAGGCAGUUGGUCCAGUCAUACAGCGAGAUCAAUUUGACCUCUCGCUUGAAUUCAGAGGUGAAGACCACGUGCUCAGUGCGGACAUUGCCAAAAUGUAUCGGCAAAUACUAGUGCAUGACGACGACACAUGGAUGCAAUGCAUUCGGUAUCGAUUUAACAAAGGUGAAAAGAUAAAAACAUAUCGACUGAAGACUGUUACAUAUGGUGAAGGUGCCUCUUCUUUCCUAGCAUUCCGAGCACUGUUCCAAGUAGGAGAAGAGCAAAAGGAAACAAACGCAGAAAUAUGCAACAUCAUUCAAAAAUAA